UUAUUACGUGUAGACUUCCAAAAGAUAGAAACGUAAAAUACAUUUCUGUUUUUUGUUUGGUCAUAAGGGUUAAAUAGUACUUUCACUACUCCUUUAGGUUGGUUUUGCAUUUUACUGAAAGUGUGGUAUACUUUUACAUUUGACUUGAAUAUUUGGGUUGGUUUUAACAAAUGUCUCAAUCUUGGAUGUGGGAUUUAUAAAUAUUAUCUUAAAUCCUUGCUUAUUGGACUUAUAUCAUUUAUACAAAUUCCAUCAAAUCACCCCUUAUUGGAAAAUAAGGAUUUCAUCAAAUUAAACAUCUGGGAAGUUAUUUGGAAUUAUCUGAAAAUGAUUUGUAGUUAAAAUUUCACGGAGAUAAAUUCCAUCUAUUGAAAUGGUAUUUGAAAAACUGAUCAGAAACGAUUUUUUUUCUUCAUUGAACUUUCUUCUAUGGAUUCUUUUUAGGUUAUCGAUUCAUUUAUAUACCUUGCAUGGAUUCUCUGUGCUAAGGCUUGUGGUUUGAUCCCAGAAACUACAUAAUGAACAAAGAAGGAAGAAGGAUUAACAUAAUAUCAAGAACGAAUUGCAUAUCACAUUGAUCAAGCUACUGGAUCUGAGCCAUCUAAGUGAAUUGCACAUGCUCCUUAUGCUAUACGAUUAGGAAAACAGGGCACGGUGGCCAUACGGGGACAAGAAGAAGAAAACAGUGAGCGAUUCGGAGCUGUCGAAUGAUUUAGCCAGAGAAAUCGGGAACGCAAACACUGUCUCUGAACAGAAACGAGAAGCGAUGAAGAAGAGCAGCGAGGUUCUAUCAUGUUCCUUGUGUUUCUAACUAUGCCUCGCAAGAAUCUGGGGUUGUGUCUUCGCAUGUUUAACACAAUCCUUGGUCUUUUGAAUUCUGCUAAUAGCUUGAUAGACCGCCUCUGUUUGAGGUUCUGUAUAGCUGACCUGAUCACAAUGAAGCUACAUAUUUUAAGUCUUGCACCAACUGAAGCAUCUCAUUUGCAUGUGUUCUUAACUGCAGGCACAAGUGUGCUUGUUCUCUCUUUUCCUAAGCUUAAUCCUUUGAACAACAAGGGACAUACCUGGAGAUGAAUGCUACGAUGGUCGUGACAUCACCUCCACUUGAUUAAUUAUCCAACUAAACUGGUUUAUUCAAACUCAUAUCUAGACUGGAAUUUGACCAAAGCCAACAAUAUCAGUCGUGAAACUUCCAUAUCACUUCCGGCCAUCUUUAAUAGGCCUAGCAAUAUUGUGGCUGAGAUUUAUCUGAUUAGUAAUCAAAUAUUGUAGAUAACACAAGCAAGCAAAUGUUUCAUUGUGUAGUUGGAACUGGGGGAAAGCCAUUUUUUUGUUUUCUUUUAAAAUUAGCGAGCUUCAACACUGCGCUUAAAGAUAAUCCAAUGGUUAAAAAAUCCUGUCAAAAUCACCCAUCUAAAUUCUCACCAAAAUCUUCAAUUCCCAAACAAAAUCUUCAAAUCCCAUCUAAACUCCACUAAAUCUAAAACUCUUUAAAUUUUCCCAAACCCCCAAUUCAAUAAGCCCCUAAGUUGUACUUUUUUGGAUUCGUCGGACUUAUAGUUGUAGCUUGUAAUAACUUUAUAAAUUGUUAAAAUCUUAAAAGGUAAAAUGAUGGAAGUUAAAAAUCUCCGAAAACUCUUUUGAAAAAUCAUAUAUCUAUAAGAUAAUACCUAUUGUUAAAUAAAAAAUAUUUUAUGAAAUAAAAGUAAUUGUCUAAUUAAAACUAAAAUUUUUAUAUUUAAUAUUCAAACCCGGUUCCAAACUAAUAAUGGUUUGCUGGUUUUUGGGUUUUUUCGGUUUUAUGCAGUUUUUAUCUGGUUUUCUUUCGGAUUUUACCAUCAACCUAACUAGGCUACGUCUCUUGUUCACAGUUAAAUUCGGUUCCACCCUGGGUCUGGUCGGUUCUAAAAACACUAGAAGAAAAAAACAAGACAUUGUUGUUCCAUCUAUCACACCAAUAUGUAUGUAUAUGCAAUUAAUGAUAUUCACACAUAUAUUAUACUCACGGUCUCGUGGAAAACGGUAAGGCACAAUUGUGUUUAUGAAAAAAGAACAGUUGAUAUUGAAGGAAGACCAAUUACCUAAAUGUGUAGUCUUUCUUUUAUAUAUAACGUGUAAAUACUCUGUGAUUUAAUAGUCUUGAGCAGUGUUCUAAAAAUUAGCAUUGGCAGCGCCUUGGCAUCCACUUAGUCGGCAAAUCGAGUAUGAGCGAAAUGAUUUUUUCAAGAUCUUCAAAAGUUCCACAUAAGUGCCCGUCUAAACAAUAAUCCUCUACAAGAAACCUAACCACCGUCUAGCAAUUUUUAGAACAUUAGUCUUGAGCAUGGUUCUAACAGAGCUUAGGCAUCAAAUCUUUUCUAUCCAAAACAUUUCUCUUAAAAUUAUGAUUUAAACCGGUUUAAACUAUUUUAAAUCAGUUUAAAUCAUCGGCUUAUUUGUUAAAUUAAUUAAUAAUGUUAGUACAAAUCCAUAAUUUUGUCUAAUUUAUUUUGUUAAUUUUGAUAUUUAUCAAAAUAAUUGUAUAAUUAAACCUAAAAACUAUGAUAUUUUAUAUAAAUGUCAAAUACACAUAAAAUAAAUUAAUAAUUUGUUACUGUUUAGACCCUGUUUAGGCUCCGUAUAAUCCGCCUAGUAGAUAAUUCGAAAGUCUUGUGAACGCAUUGCGAUUUCUUGAACAUUGGUCUUGAAACUUAAUAAUUGGAUACAAUAUACUAUAAGUUUUAAUUACUAUCAAGGCCCGUCAAAGUUGAUAACUAGGUCACUUGCUCAAAUUAAGUAACUACAUUUUUUUCUUACUUUUCUCUCCGUACUUCUAUCAAUACUAUUAAAAGAGAAUGAGUCCUAAAAAAUCUACUUAUACAAGGUUGUUGCACCUAUUUAUUUUUUAGUUCAACCUAUUGUAUACAACUAAAUAUUAUUAACUAUCCCCUAUUAUACAGCAACCAAAUAAUGUAUUCAAACAUUUAAAUAAAUUUCACCCACUUUAAUAAGAUCAUGACUAUCAAUUUAACAUAUAUAUUUGAUAUAAACGGCACCAAAAUUUUAACAUGUAUGGGUCAUUGUCAUAUAUACCAUCCUCCUCCAUUAGAUCAAAAUUUUCUUGCAAUAUCAACUUUUGAAAUAUAAAUGAGUCAUGUCUUAUUAAACAUUAUUUAUCAAACCUGGAGAGUAUUUUUCAUCCAAAAUUUUAUAAAAUGAAUCAAUGAAUUUUGCUAGGUCUUAGGUUUUUUUAACCUAAUUAGGUAUUUAGAAAAAAAAUAUUUGGGUUCAGAUCGGUUUCUUUCGGAUCUUGAUGGUUUCGACUCCAUAAUUCAAAUAACUAUUAAAUAUAUGUUAUUUUUUUGUAUGUAACGGGUAUGGAUCCGUUCAGAUAUUUAGGACUCAAAUAAAACUCGAUAAACAUAAAUAUACUCGAAACACGAAAAAUAUCCAAAAUCUAAACAAAUACCUGAAAAACAGAAAAUACUCAAAAGACCUAAAAUUGUACUUGAAAUCUGAUCCGAGGAAAAAAAAUGCCCAAAAUUUUAUCUGAAUAACCAAAUAUAUUUUUUAAAAUUUGAUUUUUUACUCGAAAUCCAAAACUAUAACCCGAAAUUCAAACCAAAACUCAAAAAUAUAUGUAUACCAAAAAAAUAUCCAAAAUACACAAAUAUAUAUAAUUUACACAAAUAUUUUGGGUACUUUGGCUCCCAAACGGGUUUCGGGUGGGUCUCAGACGCGAACAGAGACCCACAUUUUCAAAAAAAAAAAUGUAUUUUUCUCUGGACCCGAUGCGAACCGAAUCAGAAUUUUCGAGUUGAUUUUGGUUUGGUUUUUCGGAUCCAUGUAAAAUACCCAUGCGUAAGAGAGAAUUACAUAAGAUUUAUACAGAAUUCCAAUUAAAGUAAUUCAUGAAUUAUAUAAUAUUUUUUAAAAUUAUUUCUUUUAUAUAAUUCGACUUUGUAACAUGAUAAUGUAAAACAAUCACACAAUACUAAUUCAUAUCAAAAUUUGUUAUAACAAAAGAAUCCGCGCUUUCAAGCGCGGGUCAAAAUCUAGUAGUGGUUUUAUAAUUAAUAUUUUUCAAUGAUUCAAUCUAUGGGCAGUUCUUAAUCAGAAAGCUUAACAUUUACUUAUGCUUUUUCUGCGUUUGCCCUCGGCAACUUGGGAUAAUCAAAGUCCAUCCGCAAAAAUAACAAAAAAUAAUUCUGCGCCUUAUUACAUCAGAGAGCAAAGCAAGACUUGUUGACUUAGGGUUUGAGCCCUGCAUAAGGAGUACUAAGGAGAGGUAGACCAAAGAGAUACUUUACUACUUUUUGAUUCAUUUCUCUUCUCGCCAAUUUUAUUGUCAUUUCCACUUAUACAUCUCUCUUUUUCUUUUCUUGUAAAAAAAUAUUCCUUGUUCAUAUCCCAGAUUUUCUUUGUCGGCUUGAUUAGGUUUACAUACAUUUCUGUUCUUUUGAAGCGAAUCUUGUCAAUUUAGUAAAAGGGUGUUUUUGAGGUUUCUUUAUUUUUUUUUCAGAUUUUGGGACAUUUUUUCUUCUUGGAGAAGUUUUCACUUUGACUUUUGGGUUACAACUGAUCUACGCUUUAGAUCUCUCAAGAAACCAUUUCUUGGUUUGGGGAUUCAGAUCCAAGUAAGUUCGCCUUAUUCUUGUAAGAAACUUUUUUUUGUUUCCUUUCUCAGUUAACAAUCGUUCAGAUGUUAGGGUUUCUUAAGGAUUCACUAAUCAUGGCAGGAAGAUGGUGAAAGGGAAGAUCGAGAUCAAAAGAAUCGAGAACUUGACGAGUAGACAAGUCACGUUCUCCAAGCGUAGGAAAGGUCUCUUCAAGAAGGCUCACGAGCUUUCUGUUCUAUGCGAUGCUCAAGUCGCCGCCAUUGUCUUUUCUCAGAAAGGAAGAUUAUAUGAUUUCGCUAGCUCCGACAUGCAGAAGAUGAUGGAGAGAUGUGAGAUACAUAGGAAUGAGUACUUUGGGGCAGAGAAUCUCCGGAAACAGCAAUAUGUGCAGGAGCUCAAAAAUGAAAUGGUGAUAAUGGCUGACAAGAUUGAACUUCGUCGACUUCAUAGCCGGAGGCUGAUGGGACAAGAUCUGGAUUCGUGUUCGGUGGAGGAACUCAACGAGAUAAUUUCCAAAAUUGAGAAAAGCCUUACCAAUGUCAGAUCAAGAAAGGCUAAGUUAAAUGAAGAUAAGAUAGAGAAACUGAAAGAAGAGAUUGCAAAAGAGAAAGAGGUCUUCAACGAGGGAAGUAGGCUGCGGCAAAUGUUUGAAGCACAGCCCUUGUGGAUGCAGUCGAGGAGCCUGAAGAGUGAGAAGAGCGCACCUUCGUGUGACUGUGGUAACAUGAACAUAUCGGAUGUCGAAACUGAGCUGUCCAUCGGAUUGCGCCCUGAAAGUCAAAUGUAAUGAUAUAUUCGUAUCUUUAUCAACUGGUUCUUGCUUUCGUAUUGUCCGGACGUGUAUAAUUUUAAGUGUGGAUCGAUGUUUGAAUGAAUCGUGAAUAAGGUAAUGUAUAUAUACUCCUAUAUAUUAAUUGACAAAUCACUUUAUUUAUUUAUGCUCAUAGAAGAGCUUUUCAAUUAAUUGAUAUAAUUUGAUUGGUUGAUGGUCUUUCAUUUAUUUAAUUAAAAUUUUUAAAAUAAAACUAUUCAUAAAAGUACAUAAUAUACUCUAUGUUUCCAAACAUAUAAUUAAUAAUCUUAAAUCCUCCUAUAUAUUAAUUGAGAAGUCACUUUAGUGAUUUAUGCUAAUGUGUCGCUCAUAAAAGAGUUUUUCAAUUAAUUGUUACAAUUUGAUUGGUCGAUGGUUUUUCAUUUAUUUAAUUAAAAUUUUUAAAAGGAAACAAUUCAUAGAAUUACCUAAUCUAAUAUAUGUUUUCAGACAUACAAUUAAACAUUUUAAAUAUGAUGAAUUAACAUAAUUUGUUUAUAGAAAUAAUUAAAUAUCUAGAUUACAUUAUAUAAAUUGAUAAGAUACGUAUAAAUACAUAUGAUACUAUAUAAGCAAUUAUAAAAACGGUUUUUAUUAUGUUUAUAUUAGUAGUGAAUAAAAUAAAUCAUAGAUUUUAGAAAACUAAUUAAUUUAAACUUAAUAAUAUUAAUAAAAUUUACUCAUUCACUAUAUAUAUAUAGUAUAAAAAUGUGUCAAAUGAAUGCAAAAUAGUCAAAUAUAUAAUUAUAAAACAGUCAAAUUAAAACAAUAAUUUUAAAAUAUACGUAAACUAUGAUUAGUUUUAAUUAAAAACAUUUGGUUGAAUGAGUUAGUGUUUGAUAAAAUAGUGUGAUGAUCAAAGAUAAUUUACGGAAAAAUUUAUUUGCUUAACCCUUUUGAGUUUUAUAUUAAACUCUAAAUUAAAAAAAAUGAGCGAGAAAUUGUGAUUUGGAACAAAUUAUGAGAAAAAUUGCUUAAACUAUCAUUUUCUUAAUACAUGUUUUUAUGUUUACCUUAACCAAAUUUGUCCAUAGUUUUAAAGAGAUAAAUCCUACUAUAUAUUAAUUGAAAAACCACUUAAUUGACUUUUGAUUAUAUGUCUUUAAUAGGUUAAGUUUUUAAAAAUAGAUAUAAUUUGAUUGGUUGUUAACAUUUAUUAGUUUUUAUUUUAAUCAGAUCUAAAAAUAAAAGGUAACUCUAGAACUAAUUAAUACAAAUUACCAAAUAACACAAAUGGUAUUAUAAAUAACGAUUAUGGUAACUAAUUGUAGAAUUAGAGAAAAAAUAUAUAUGUUUUAUCAAUUUCUUUAUUUUUAUCAAUUGGUUAUAUAUAAUUAAAUAAAAUACUUUAGCAUUUUUUAUAGAAAUAAAUUUAAUAGUUAUAUAUUAUUACAUGAAAGAAUUAUAUUUGUAGAUAAGGAAUUAUUUAAAGUCCACACAAAACUGUUUACAAAAGAUCUUUCAUGCUAAAAGCCUCCGAUCAUUGUAUUAGUCAUAUUGGAGUUACACAAAAAAACAUAUUCUUUUUUUUUUCUCUUGAGAGCUAUAAUAUUUUUGGCUUUCAUGUAUUAAACUAAAGUAUAAAGUACAGUCAAUUAUCUGAAUUAAUUAUAAUAUUCUUUUAUGUAAGAGAAAGAUUUUUAAUGACUAAGGUUUAUGUUUUUGAACUAUUUUAAAUAUCACAUAUCUUCUAAAAAUAUAUACUGAAAUUUUUGAUUAUCCAAAUAUUUGAAAUUAAAAAUUAAGAAUUUUUAAUUAUUAUUCAAAAAUUAUAACAGUGUAAAAAUAUUAUAUAUUUCUUUAUAUAAUAUAACUACCCGCAAAAUUGUGGGAAACGCCUAGUAAGAAUU